UAACCCUCUAGUCAGAAAGGGUGUAACCCUCAACCCUUCCUGCUUUAUGGGGUGUUCAAAAAACACGUUCCUAAUUUUUAUGUAUGAGUAAUUGAUUACGAGCAACAUCAGUUACAAUGGUGCCCCUCUGUGCGCAUCCUAAAACUAUUUUUUUCAAAAAAUGGCCAACUAGGUAUUGAUUAUCUACCGAAUAUUACAAGCGCUUCAAUACGCACGUUUACGUUUCCCUGCGUAUAACUGUCAACAUACUAUAUCCAGAAAAACAUAUUCUUCUCACGUACGUUUAGAGGACAGUUGUUUUAAAUAAUGUGCACUACAGCAGUAGUAUAAUUAAAAUACAAUUAUACCUACACGAGUCUGAAAGGAUACUAUGAUAAGGUCGUGGUGCUUGCUUAAUUACAUUUAGCCAUCAAAUGAAACACAAUGUUAAUUGUUGCCUAUUUAUUUGUUAUUAAUAUGUGUAUAACUUUAUUGUGUGCAAGCUCAGAUUCCAGUGCAAUAGGAAAUUCAUCGAAUGUCAAAGGGACUACACUUAACAUUGGAAUUUGUAAUUUUCGCCUGGGAAGGAAUUGUGGACAGUCAAAUGUUACCUUCUAUUUGUACACAAAUAAUCAGGUUGAAGGAGAGCAGAUAGUAGUGAACAAGAGUUCGAGUAAUUUAUUACAAACAGCCUUUAAUGUUUCACUUGAGACGAAGAUUUUGAUACAUGGGUACAAUUCGGAUAUGUUUUUAGGAGUAUUAAAUGGAAUUAAAACUGAAUAUUUUAAAAGUGGCAAGUUGAACGUAAUCUUAAUAGACUGGAGCGAUUAUGCUAAAGGACCAUGCUAUCCUGCUGCUGUGUGGAAUUGCAGGAUGGUAGGAAAUUGUCUCUCACAACUAAUAGAUGCGAUACGAUGUAUAAGCACCUCAAACGUACAUUUGCUCGGAUUUAGCCUAGGUUCUCAUGUUGCUGCCUUUGCUUCGAACUACGCUUCGAAAAAAGUUAAACGAAUCACUGGGUUAGAUCCAGCACUACCUGGUUUUGCAACCGCUGCUAACGAAAAUAAGUUGGAUUCAAGUGAUGCAGACUUUGUCGACGUUAUUCACACGAAUGCGUUUAUGCAAGGAACACCUCUACAGUCCGGUCAUAUAGACUUUUUUGUAAACGGAGGGAUUAUACAACCCGGUUGUAUGCAGGAAGGAAAUGUCCUCGCCUGUAGCCAUCAUCGAGCUCCAAUUUAUUAUGCAGAAUCGAUCAACAGUGUUCCCGGAUUUUGGGGUUGGUCGUGCUCAUCGUUUUGGGAGUAUUUGAUCGGACGUUGUUGGAAAUCGGGUAAUCAAACAAUUAUGGGCGAACAUACGGAUCGAAAUAUGCGAGGAAUUUUCCUAGUUAUUACCAACUCGCAAGCUGAAUAUGCCAUGGGGCCAUACAGUAAUACAAUACGCAAUUUUAUUAAAAUGAAUAAUGAUAAAUUACAACAAAUUGCUCAAAUUUUACUAAAAGAUGUUAAAAUUAUUUCAAUAAAAGAUGCGAUUUACUUUGUUUGUUUCCCAUUGUACAGUCAUUGA